UUUUUCUCCCUCACACAAAACACUAAAUUUUUUCUAGUUUUUAGUUUAAAAUCAAUUUUGAAUUAUCAGUUUGCAAUAAACAAUCACUGCCAUUUCCGUUCGAAGAUCGUAUUUAUCGAUCAUAACCUUUUUCAGACAAUGUAUCAAUGUUGAAAUUCAAAUUAAUUUUUCAUCAAUCAUCAUUUUUUUCGAUCAAAUCUUUUUUCUGAAGUGACAAGUGUGUGGCCAUUUCUGUUUUGUUUGUUUGUCCGACAACCAUAAUGAUGAUGAGAACAUUGAUUCUAUUAUUAUUCAUACUGUUUUCAGUGGUCCUUGGCCAAAAUCGUUAUGAUCCUCUUCCAUAUACGAAACCAUAUUAUCAAUCAAAUCAGCCUUAUAGAAAUGGAGCUAGUGGCACAAAUUAUUAUAAUAACAAUAAUAAUAUAUUUCCACAGCUAAGAUAUCCGGGUCCGGUACCGAAUCCAAGUUCUAGUUGUUAUGAUCAAUCAAAUCGACCAUUAAAAUGUGCACCAGAAUUUGUCAAUGCAGCCUAUAAUGCCCCGAUUGAAGCAACCAAUACUUGCGGUUUGAAUGGUUUUAGUCAAUAUUGUUUUCAAACCGGAGCAGCUGGAACAACGCGUAAAACAUGUGAAAUUUGUGAUGCACAAAAUCCGGCACUUGCACAUCCUCCCGAAUUUAUGAUCGAUGUUGAUCAAAUGAAUCGUAUAACAUGGUGGCAAAGUGAAACAAUGAUGGAAGGUGUCAAACAGGUGAACAUCACCGUACCGUUAGGCAAAGCAUUUGAAAUUACUUAUGUAAGACUUUUGUUCUAUUCGCCACGUGCUGAAAGUUUUGCGAUAUACAAACGUACAUCUGAAGAUGGGCCAUGGAUACCAUUCCAAUAUUAUAGUUCGAAUUGUCUACAAACUUAUAACGUAUCUGAUCGUGCAUAUUCUAGUCAAUUUGAUGAAACUCAGGCCAUGUGUACGAAAGAAUUCAGUGACAUUUCACCAUUGACAGGCGGAAAUGUCGUAUUUACCACAUUGGAAGGUCGACCAAAUGCAACUCAUUUUGAAAGCAAUGAACGAUUACAGGAAUUUGUAACUGCCACCGAUAUUCUGAUUGUUUUGGACAAUAUGAAUACAUUUGGCGAUGAAAUAUUUGGUGAUGAACAAGUGCUUCGUUCAUAUUAUUAUGCAAUAUCUGAUCUUUCGAUUGGUGGAAUUUGCAAAUGUAAUGGGCAUUCGAAUCGAUGUAUAAUACCUCCUAACAACUAUCAGAAUGGUCAACGACGUUUAGUUUGUCAAUGUGAACAUAAUACUGAUGGUUUUGAUUGUGAAAAAUGUCUACCAUUCUAUAAUGAUCAACCAUGGCGUCGAGCUACCACCAAAAAUGCCUAUGCUUGUCAACCUUGCAACUGUAAUGGCCGAUCAAAAAAAUGUUAUUUCGAUGAGGUUUUAUGGAGACGUACAGGACACGGUGGUCAUUGUAUUGAUUGUGCCGAUGAUACUGAUGGACCGAAUUGUGAACGAUGUAAAGAAAAUUACUAUACUGAUCUUGAAACGAAUCGAUGUUUGGCAUGUAACUGUGAUCCGAUUGGUUCAGUUAGUCUACAAUGUUCGAGCACAGGUCAAUGUAUUUGCAAACCUGGUGUCGAAGGACAACGAUGUGAUCGUUGUGCAUCAAAUUAUUUUGAUUUUAGCCAUAAUGGUUGUAGACCUUGUGGUUGUAGUGUAGAAGGAAGCCAGGAUAAUGUUCCUUUGUGUGAUAACAAAGGUAAAUGUCGUUGUAAGAAAAAUGUUGAAGGUGAAAAAUGUGAUCGUUGUAAACCGGGAUUUUUUGAUCUUCAACUUAACAAUGAUCUUGGCUGUAUUGCUUGUUUCUGUUAUGGACAUUCAAAUCAAUGUACAAGUUCAAAAGGCUAUUCCAUUUAUUUAAUCGAAAGUACAUUCAAUCGUGAUUCCGAACGAUGGAUUGUCAAAGAUAAAUAUGGAAAUGACAUACCGAUUCAAUAUAAUAGUCUUGGACAAAAUAUUGGAGCUACAUCAAGUUUUCAUGAUAAUACAUUGUAUUUUCAUGCACCGCAUAAAUUUUUGGACGAUAAAAAAUAUUCAUACAAUCGAAACCUGACAUUUAAUCUUCAGAUUACUGGUGGUAAAGGAAACAUUCUUUCAACCAUUGAAGAUGUGGUCAUUGAAGGAAAUGGCAUCAAAAUUUCAUCACCUAUUUUUGCACAAGGAAAUCCAUUACCUACUUAUCGAAUGCAAACUUUUCGAUUCCGUUUAAACGAAGAUAUGGUUUAUGGAUGGAGUCCACAAUUGAAUUCACGAGAUUUUAUUGCAUUGUUAGCCAAUAUUACGGCCGUUAAGAUCAAAGCGACAUAUUCGGAUAUGGGUUCGGGUUUUAUUGAUGAAGUAAUGCUUGAAACAGCUAUUGCAAGUCCAGGAUCAAAUCAGGCAACUUGGGUCGAAACAUGUUCAUGUCCGGAUGGUCAUACUGGUCAACAUUGUGAAUCAUGUACAGCUGGUUUCAAACAUGAUCCACCACGUGGUGGUAAAGCAGCUAAAUGUGUCCCGUGUAAAUGUAAUCAACAUGGUGAAUAUUGUGACAGCGAAUCGGGUCGAUGUAGUUGUCAGCAUAAUACAGCUGGAGAUGCAUGCGAUCGUUGUGCGCCAGGUUAUUAUGGUAAUGCACUACAGGGCACAGAAAAUGAUUGCAAACUAUGUCCUUGCCCAAAUUCUGGUGAAUGUGCCAUUCUACCUGACGAACAGAUCGCUUGUCUAAACUGUCCAGAAGGCUAUGGAGGUCGUCUUUGUGAGAAAUGUGUGGAUGGUUAUCGAAUGCGAUCAGAAGAUUCAAAAUGUGAAAAAUGUGAUUGUAAUGGAAACAUUGAUCCAAAUGCCAUUGGUAAUUGUAAUUCAGUAACAGGACAAUGUUUAAAAUGUAUUUACAAUACAUGGGGUAAUAGUUGUGAAAAAUGUCUACCUGGACAUUAUGGAUCGGCACUAUCUAUUCCACGUGGCGAUUGCAAAGCUUGUGCUUGUUAUCCAUUCGGAACAAUCUCCGAGGAUAACUAUUUCGACUAUGAAGAAGCUAAACGUCAAGGAUAUCUGAAGAAUUUCUUUUCAACGCAGAAUUUUUUCACUUGCAACAGCGUAACUGGUAAAUGUCGAUGUAAACCAAAUGUAGCUGGAAGACAAUGUGAUGCCUGCGUCGAUGGUUAUUGGGAUCUGGAUUCUAACGAAGGUUGUAAAGCUUGUGAUUGUAAUGAAAUCGGUUCAGAAAAUCUUCUUUGUGAUAAUCGUUCUGGACAAUGUAAUUGUAAACCGGGUGUCACUGGAAAACAUUGCGAUCAAUGUUUGCCAAACUAUUAUGGAUUCGGUCCAAAUGGUUGCCAAAAAUGUGAUUGCGAUCCGAUUGGUUCAUUAGAACAACAAUGCGAUUCAAUUACUGGUCAAUGUAAAUGUCGUGAAAAUGUUGAAGGCAAACAAUGCCAACGUUGUCAGGAAAAUAAAUAUAACAAAGAAGCCGGAUGUGUUGAUUGUCCACCAUGUUAUACAUUGGUACAAGAAUCAAUCGCUGCUCAUAGAGUUAAAGUAGCUGGUCUUAAAACUUUAUUGGAUGAAAUCGAACAAAAUCCACUGGCUGUCGAAGAUUCGAAUUUCGAACGUCAAUUGAAUGAAGUAAUGAAUGCUGUAAAACAAUUACUUCAAGAAGCUAAAGAUGCUCAAAUUGAUGAUGAUUCUCUUGUUGCUCAAUUGGAACAGAUAAAAAAUCGUAUCCGAAAAGUUCAGGAUAUGACUAAAAAAAUUGAAAAUCAAAUGAAUUUUAUCAAUAAUCAAAUUAAUUAUGGUACGAAAAACAUCACAAAUGCACAGGAGAUUGUUAAUGCUGCAGAAAUCGAUCUGAACAAUGCACGCAAUCAUUUAGAAAAUGAUGGUCGACGAUCAUUAGAAAAAGCAAGAAUGCGUGCAGAAAAAUAUGGUUCACAAUCGGAAAGAAUGUCUGAAAUAGCUCGCGAGUCUCGAUUAUUAGCCGACGGACAUGAAACUGAAGCUGAACGAAUUAUUAAUAAAUUCAAAGAUGCAAGAAACAUUUCUGAAACGGCAUACAAUUUGGCCAAAGAUGCUAUCAACACUCAAAAAGCUAAUAAAGAAGAGUUGGAAAAAUUGAAAGAUAAAUUAAGUGAAGUAAAAGAACAAUAUCAAAUGACAAUUAAAUUAUCGCAAGAUGUGCAUAAAGAUGCGGAAAAAGCUAAUCAAGAUGCAUUGAAUUUGGCUGCUGAUGUGAGCAAUAUUUUUGUUCCAGAUCUGAAUGCAUCUCAAUACAAAGAUGAAGCUAUUCAUAUAAUUAAUAAGGCUAAACAAGCUCAUAUAGAUGCUGAUAAUAUGCUUAAAACACAUGAAGAAUUACUUAACAGUACAGGAAAUCGUUUGAAUGAUGGUCGACUUUUGUUUGAAGAUGCCGAACGUAAACAACAAACUUUGGAUGAUCUAUUGACGCGUGCCGAUAUGGCAUACAAUAUGACACAAGAAGCCGUACAGAAUGGUAAUAAUAUUCUAGAUGAUGCGAAAAAUACAUUAAAAACAUUGAAAGAAUUCGACAUACAUGUUCAAUCAAGCAAAGAAAAGGCCAAUAAAGCUAUGGAUCGUGUGCCUGAAAUAGAAAGAGAAAUCGAUGAUAUUAUACGUAAAUCUGAUGAUUCAUUAAAAUCAUUGAAUUCAGCAUUAAUCGAAGCAUCAAAUGCUAAAGAAACCGCAAAAGUGGCCGAAGAAAAAGCUGAACAUGUAUCACAAGCUUCGAAUAUGGCUUUACGUACUGCAAAACAAUUGACCGAUAAAGCGGAUGAUCUAUUCGUUCGAUCAGCCGAAUUGUCACGAGAUGUUGAUCGAACAUCGGACAAGAUGAAAUCGUAUGAACAACAAGCUGAACAAGAUGAAAGCCUUGUUGAUGACGCUUUGCGUAAAGCUAAUACGGCUAAAACAAGCGCAAUGGAUGCUAUUAAAAAAGUUCAAAAUGCAACUUAUACCGUGGAUAAAAUACUCAAAGAUUUAAAUUCAAUGGAAGAUAUGGAUGAGAAUAACCUUUCAGAUUUAGAACAACGAUUACGUGAUGCUGAACGUGAAUUUCGUACAGCCGAUUUAGAUAGCCGUGUUAUGCAUUUGGAAAAAUUGAAUGAAGAACAGAAAAAAUCGAUACAUAAUUAUGAGGAUGAAUUGGAUAAAUUGGCUGCCGAUGUGGCGAAUAUCGCUAAAAUUCGACAAUCUCUGCCAGAUAAAUGUUUCCGCCGUAAUCGUUUGGAACCGUAGAAUCUCAAAUCGAUGACCUUACCAAACAAAACAACAACAACAAAAAAUCAAUUUGAAUUAAAUAUUAAUUUUCAUCUACAUUUGUUUUUUUUCACACAUUUCCUUUUUUUACUUGCAUUUAUUAUUAUCUCCUAUUUUUUCAUGAUGAUAUCUCUUUUUUUUCUCAUUCAUUUUCAAUUAUCAUGUACAUUUAGUUCGACAGUCAAAAUUAGCAACAAAAAAAAAUCAAUAAAUAAUGACCAUUAUAACCGA